CUGGCCGAACUGGUUGGUGGUGUGACGUCUAAUCACCGCUACUCGGACAGUGUCCCGAAUCGCAUCUCCCCCUUUAAAUACACUAGAGCUUGUUCAGAAUUCCCCACCAAAUGCAUAGAAAUAGAAAUAAAUAAAAACUAGAGUGAAACGUCCUCGUGCAAAUUCGCUAGUAUUCAAUGGAACGCAACAACAACUCUCUUCAGUCUAUCUGCUACAGCUCUGGUUCGCUCCAGCUACUCGAUCAGAGAAAGCUCCCUCUGGAAGUCAUUUACUUGGAUAUCAAGGACGCAACAGAUGGAUGGUCUGCAAUAAGGGAAAUGGUGGUCCGUGGUGCACCUGCUAUUGCUAUUGCAGCAGCACUCUCCCUGGCAGUUGAAGUAUCCAAAUUACAGGCUUUUGAUGGGACACCUGAUAAUGCUGCUUCCUUUCUUAUCGAGAAGUUGGAAUAUCUUGUCACAAGCCGGCCAACUGCAGUGAACCUCUCAGAUGCUGCAACAAAGCUCAAAGAAGUUAUAUCAAAUGCUGCUGCUACCGCCAAAGAAGCCCAGAGUGUUUUUCGGGCUUAUAUAGAAGCUGCUAAAAUUAUGCUUGAGGAUGAUGUUGCUUCAAACAAAGCAAUUGGGUCUUAUGGGGCGAGAGUUCUUCAGCACCUGCUGAAGGACUCUAAGAGGCUUUCUAUUUUGACUCAUUGCAACACGGGCAGUCUCGCAACAGCUGGAUAUGGCACUGCCCUUGGUGUGAUCCGUGCUGUUCAUACUGAAGGAUUCUUAGAAAGGGCCUACUGCACUGAAACCCGUCCAUUCAAUCAGGGAUCCAGACUCACAGCUUUUGAGCUGGUGCAUGAUAAAAUACCUGCUACUCUUGUAGCAGAUUCGGCUGCAGCUGCAUUGAUGAAAGAAGGUCGAGUAGAUGCUGUUAUUGUUGGAGCUGAUCGUGUGGCUGCAAAUGGUGAUACUGCUAACAAGAUUGGAACUUACAGUCUUGCAUUGUGUGCAAUGUAUCAUAACAUUCCAUUUUAUGUGGCUGCACCUUUGACAUCCAUAGAUUUAUCCCUUUCUUCUGGAAAAGAGAUUGUUAUAGAGGAAAGAUCCCCAAUGGAAUUGACACACACGCGUGGGGGACUUGGGGAACAAGUUGCUGCAUCUGGAAUCUCUGUCUGGAACCCAGCUUUUGAUGUCACCCCUGCUAAUCUGAUAACUGGCAUCGUUACAGAAAAGGGUGUCAUCACAAAGACAGGCACUGACGCUUUUGAAAUUAGACAUUUCAUACAAAAUCUAGCAAAUAGGCUUGUGUAAAGCGGAGGCAUGGCUUAUGGGAAGUGUACCCCCUUGUUAAACCAGAGCAUUUACAUAUAACUUGGUUAUUGAUUUGAAAAACUUUGUACUUGAUAAAAGAAAUGAGGCGAUCGGUCAUGUUCUAAAUACUCAAAUGUGGCAUGCCGCAUGCCUAUCAUUUCAUUCUAGCAAAGCUGAGGGUCAGUGUUGUUUUGUAUUUUUGUAAAUUUAGCUCAUUUUGUCAAAAUGAGUCAUUCUGAUCCUUCCACCCAAAUAUGUUAACAAAUAAGUAACAAUUGUGUUUGGAUUAGAUUC